ACGACUUGAACGUUUCCAAGCAGUGAAUAAAGAGCGACGGAGGAGAAGGCUUGAAAACUUGAUUCAUUAUGGUUCUUCAACAGUGCCUCGCUUGUAAUAGUUUGAUUACAGAAACAUCAAGAUCAUGUGUGUGUGGCCACGUACUAGAAGAUGCGCAUCGCUUUAUCGGAGGCAAACGUUUUUCAGAAUAUCGAGCAGAACUUUACUCUCGUCUGGAGAGCAAAAACAGGAAGAGAGAAGAACGUGAGAUCAAAGAGCAAGCAAAACUCCAGCUUGGAAGAAAGAAUAUCAUGGCAGGAUCAGUGUCAGAACAACCAGGAUUCAAACCUCCCGUGAAAAGAAAGCCAUUAGCAGCAAGGAAAACAAAUAAGAAAAGACGAGUGAAGAGGGGAACAUCUCGAUUGCAAACAGGGCAGUCCGCAACUAAGCGGAAUGAUGGCAAAAGCAGUGUACCACCGGAACUUUUGUCAAGGCUUCCUGCUGCUCUGCAGGAGAUUAAUCGAAGAAUACUGGGACAGAACUUUAUGUGGUUAGCGUUACAACUGGACUGAAACAAAAACUCUUUUUCCGGCUUGCAAGUACAGAAGUCUGGAAAAUUUUAUUUGAAGACCGGAAGAUGAAUGCAAGGUUUCCCUAACGGCUGAAUCUUACCAAGUGGCUUUAAUAACAGGAAGACAUCGUAAUGGAAGCAGAACGUGAAGGAAUUUUAUGGUUUUGACCUGGAAAAGGCGGAUGCGAAAAAGAAUUGCUGAUAAAUAACCUAUGGGCACAGAGCCAAGUACAAAGUCAUAUUUUAGCUAUAAAGCUUUCAGAGAAAACUGCCGGGGAGGAGGUCGAUAGCGAGCUGAUUCUCUCCGCAAACGGAAGAAUCUUCGAUUAAGUUACGCGAACAGGACCUACACAACCUUUUUGUUUUGUUGUAAAAACAUAGCAAAGAUAUUAUUAUGAACUUUUAUUUAAAUCAUUUUUAUUGAGGAAAAAAUGUAAUUUCUUUGUAAUACAAAGUUGAACA